GACAGAGCAACCCAACAAAGUAGCUCAAACAAUUUGUAUCUCCAAUUCCCCUGGAAGAGAGCAGAGAGAACGGAGAGAAAUCCUCAUGGCUAUUUCUUUCUUCUUCUUCCUCUCUCUGCUUUUCAUCCCUUUCUCCUCCUCUUCAUCGGACCGUCCAGAAAACUUCAUCAUCCACGUGUCCAAAUCACACAAGCCAUCCCUUUUCUCCUCUCACCAUCACUGGUACUCCUCCAUCAUCCAUUCUCUCCCUCCUUCCCCUCACCCCACCAAGCUCCUCUACACCUACGAACGUGCCAUCAAUGGCUUCUCCGCUCGCCUCACGGCUACGCAGGCUGAGAAGCUCAGGGAACUUCCUGGAAUCCUUUCUGUGAUUCCUGACCAGGUUCGUCAGAUCCACACUACUCGAACACCUCAGUUCUUAGGCCUUUCGGAUGGUGUAGGUCUUUGGCAGAACUCCUAUUAUGGCGAUGGUGUUAUAAUCGGAGUCCUGGAUACCGGAAUAUGGCCGGAACGCCCGAGUUUUAAAGACUCGGGGCUGUCCCCUGUUCCGGAUAGCUGGAAAGGUAUCUGUGAGACAGGACCUGACUUUCCUGCUUCCGCUUGCAGCCGAAAAAUAAUCGGUGCAAGAGCGUUUUACAAAGGCUAUGAGUCUUAUCUUGAAGGACCCAUGGAUGAAACUAAAGAAUCCAAGUCUCCACGAGAUACUGAAGGUCAUGGCACGCAUACUGCUUCAACUGCUGCUGGAUCUGUGGUUUCUAAUGCCAGCCUUUUCGAAUUUGCAUAUGGGGAGGCUCGUGGUAUGGCUACAAAAGCACGGAUUGCUGCAUACAAAAUUUGCUGGAGUUUAGGUUGUUUUGAUUCUGAUUUACUUGCAGCCAUGGACCAAGCAAUUGCUGACGGUGUUAAUGUGAUAUCUUUAUCUGUGGGAGCCACUGGAUACGCUCCUCAGUAUGAUCAUGAUUCCAUAGCAAUUGGGGCUUUUGGUGCUGCUCAACAUGGUAUUGUUGUGUCAUGUUCUGCUGGGAAUUCCGGUCCUGGUCCAUACACUGCUGUUAACAUUGCGCCUUGGAUUUUAACAGUCGGUGCUUCCACCAUUGACAGGGAGUUUCCAGCUGAUGCGAUUCUUGGUGAUGGCAGGAUUUUCGGUGGUGUUUCAUUGUACUCUGGUGACCCUCUAGUUGAUAUUAAGCUUCCUUUGGUUUAUGCUGGUGACUCUGGAAACAGAUAUUGCUAUAUGGGGAGUCUAAGUCCAUCAAAGGUUCAAGGCAAGAUUGUUUUUUGUGAUAGGGGAGGCAAUGCUAGAGUUGAAAAAGGAUUUGCAGUGAAGCUUGCUGGUGGGUUAGGAAUGAUUCUGGCAAACACUGCUGAGAGUGGUGAAGAACUCAUUGCUGAUGCUCAUCUUAUACCAGCUACUACAGUGGGUGAGAAAGCAGGUAAUGAGAUCCGGCAGUAUAUCAAAAUAAGUCAGUUUCCUACGGCUACUAUUGUGUUCCAUGGAACAGUGAUCGGGCCUUCACCACCAGCUCCAAAGGUUGCCGCUUUUUCGAGCCGUGGUCCAAACCAUUUGACCCCGGAAAUUCUCAAACCCGAUGUCAUUGCUCCUGGUGUUAAUAUCUUGGCUGGAUGGACUGGAUUCAUUGGUCCAUCUCAGUUGAACAUUGAUACUAGAAGAGUUAAUUUCAAUAUCAUUUCAGGUACUUCAAUGUCGUGUCCUCAUGUUAGCGGAUUGGCUGCUCUGCUCAUAAAGGCAUAUCCCAAUUGGUCACCUGCUGCCAUAAAAUCUGCCUUGAUGACAACUGCUUACAGUUUAGAUAACUCGGGAAAUACCAUUAAGGAUCUUGCUACUGGUGUACAAUCAUCACCAUUUGUUUAUGGUGCUGGUCAUGUGGAUCCCAACAUAGCUCUUAUGCCUGGAUUGGUAUAUGAUAUUGAUGAUGGUGACUAUGUUGCAUUCCUUUGCUCAAUUGGCUAUGACUCAAAGCGAAUUGCAAUUUUUGUCAGGGAGCCUACUGGUCCAGAUGUAUGUGAAGGGAAAUUGGCUACACCGGGCAAUCUUAAUUAUCCAUCAUUCUCUGUUGUUUUUGAUUCUAAUGAUCAUGUUGUUAAGUAUAAGAGGACAGUGAAAAAUGUUGGGCCUUCAGUUGAUGCAGUUUAUGAAGCUAAAGUGAAUGCUCCGCCUGGUGUUGAAAUCAGUGUUUCCCCAAGUAAGCUUGAAUUCAGUGCAGAAAACCAAACGCUAAGCUACGAGAUUACAUUUGCAAGUGACGGUUUGGCCUUGUUUGCUGUUGCUUUAGAAGCAUUUGGGUCGAUUGAGUGGAGUGAUGGAGUUCAUCUUGUGAGGAGUCCAAUUGCUGUUAGGUGGCUUCAGGGACUCAAGGAUUCCAUUUGAUUUGCGAAUUGAAAUGCUGUAAAUAAUUAGGGGACAUCCCUCGUUCUAGCUAGCUAAACGUUGGGGCUGUACUUUUUAUCAUCUUCCUCCACAAAUUAGGACAUCUUGUCAUAACUUUUCAUUCUACUUGAUUUUCCUGUUGCACCAUUGAUUAGAGUUGAUCAAUGACGGAUUCCAGGAAAUUACUGGAAGGUAAUAUUAAUGAUGAGUGUUCCUUUAAUUAUUUAGUAA